AUGGAUCAAUUGUGCAUUGACCAGUUUAAUAAUCAAGAAGUUAAUCAAGAAGUUCCGAAAAUGAGACAAUAUUAUGAUAAUGCAGAAGUAACCUUGGUUGUAAUAGAUAAUCAAAUUGGUGAAAUAAGACUAAAAGAACUACUUUUUAGUCUUGAAAAGAAAGAGGACGGAUACAUAGAAACAAGUGAAAUAAUUCACAGUUCUGUGCCAAUAUUAAAAAUGCCGCAAGCAGCGGCGAGAAGCACGCGUUAUCGUACUAACGAUUUUAGAGAAUAUUGCAGAGAGUUUGUUGGUAAAACAGCUACGCCAGUAGCACUAAGAAAUACGAAAGAAAGAAAGAGAGCUUUGCCUAUCGAUGGCAUAUAUUCAAUACUCGGUCUUCUUCCUUAUGGUGAUAAAGUUGUGCCUAGAUAUAAAGAAUGGGGUAAACAAUAUGACAAGAGAGAAUUAGAAGAAGCUUUGUUGGAUGUCAUGAAAGUGGCAGUAGAAAAUGUCGAUGAAAAAACUGGUUCGAGUGAUGUGAAAGGAGGACUAAAAGUUGAGUGUACACAAGAAGUUAACUUUACGAAAAAUGGUAUUGAGGUGCUAGGUUCAGAAUAUUCUAUAGGGGAUGCUAUAGGAGGGAUAUCUUCAAUUGAUGGCGGACAAACAGUAGAAGGGCGAUCAGUAUCAGUAGGAUCUGGAAACAUCCGUCACAGAAUAGAUUUGAUAAGACUUUAUCAGCAAAAUAAGGAUAAGUUGGAAAAUAAAACUCCUCAGGGUUUAAAUCGCAAUGAUGUUGAAUCAUUAAAAAAAGAGACAGAAGAUAAACUAAGAAAAAGAAAUAAGGUUAAAGAAAUAGUAAUUAAUAAUCAUAAUUUAGCAGGAACUUUAAAAGUUGAAAACUUUCCUAAUUUAGCAGGAUUGUAUUUUCCGGUUAACAAUUUAACUAGUUUAGAAUGUUCUAAUUGUCCCCAAUUAAAAGCAGUAUUGGGUCAACAAAACAAAUUGACUAAUAUAGUUCUAAAUAAUUGCCUUAAUAUUACUAAACUAGUCGGCAACAAAAAUAAUCUUACUAAUCUUAACUUCCUAAAAGAUCUAUCUGCUGAAAAAUUAGCAAUGCUUAAUAUCAGUAGCAAUAAGAUUGAUAGUAGUAACUUAAAUCCUUUUAGGGAUUUUGUCAACCUAAAACACUUAGGUUUAGAGCCUCUAAAAAAUUUAACCCAAUUAGAAGAACUAGAUCUAGCGGGUACCGAUAUAGAUAAAGGUUUAAUUCCGCUUAACUCUCCUUCUUAUCCUGAUAAAUUAAACAAAGUUUUCAAAGACUUGAAUGCUAAAACUUAUGACUUUUUAAAAAAAUAUGAUGAGGACAAAAACCUAGAUGAAACAAGAAAAACUCUAAAGGAAGUAGUAAAAGCGAUGCUAAAUUUAGAAAAGAAAGCUAGAGAAAUCCAUCAAGGAAUUUUUUAUGAGUUAACUGAGAUAGAAGAAGCCAAAAAAGAUGCUCAAGAACAAAUCAAAAAACUAUUGCAAAAGAACGGAGCUGAAGUUAGUGAUUUAGAUCCUAAUUUAUGA